AAAACGCGAGAGGCGUACCGUUCUACGAGUGAUGGGAGAGGCAGCCAAUUGAUGGUCGGUGCCGCCCGGGGCGAUCUCGGGAGGCAGGGGUUGCAGACUGGGGUCAGAGGAAGCCAAAGAGUUAUCCCGCGGGUGACCGCGAAUGGGUUUGCGAGAUCGCGAGUUUAACGACAGACCAACUGACUGAGUGAGCAGUGCAGGAAACCCCCGGAAACCUGACCGACUUACCGGAAACGGCCGCCUGAGGCGCUGUUGUGUUGGUCACCAUGGGCGAUAUGAAAACCCCUGACUUCGAUGAUCUCUUGGCUGCUUUUGACAUACCUGACAUGGAUGCGAACGAGGCCAUCCACUCCGGGCCCGAGGACGAUGACGACGACAACGAACAAGCCAAGCCGCAAGUGGGAGAUACGGCGAGCGCCGAGCACGGGCUCCCCCAUGCAGACAUCACGGCUGUCAGCGUCAUAGUCAAGAACACCGUAUGUCCGGAGCAAGUGGACCCGCUGGACGUUAUUCACAGCAAGGAACUCCCAGGCCUGGGUGCUCGGCUCCUGCACAAUGGAUUCAGUGGCCCAGAUGUCAUUAGAUCCUCCAUACAACGGCCUGUGGAAUCUGCCCCUGCGGCUUCCAGCGUAGGGGAGAGCUGGGCGCACAGGGGGAAAGGAGUGAAGCCCAUAGACCUUUUUACGGACUUUGCUUCGGUGGAAAAUCCCAUUGAUAGUCACGCUUCAGACCUGAUCGACAGAUCCCGUGAUCUUAAGCCAAAGGAGAGGCCGGUGUUUGAGUCACCUGACCCUGGACUGUGUCGCUCUCCUGUUGAACCCGCAGCAGAAGGCACCCACAAUCUCAUUAGGAGCAGUCCCCAAACCUUUUCUGUCGGCAAGGUCACUGCAGAGAAUGCUUCUCUAGGGCUGUGCCUGGGACCCCCCACCAUCAAGGAGGAGCCCAAUGAUCAGACAAUGGGGGGCUCAUGUCUUCAAAUGGGGCUGGAGCCAAAGGCCUCUCCGUUGGAGCACCUAAAGUCUGUCACCGUUCACUACCCUAAGGCUGACUCUCCCAUUCCGCCCUGGACAGGAGCAGGUCCGAAACUUGAGAGCGGCGCAACCGAUGCCAUUGAAAAGAGGAGUCCUCCGAGGUACUCGGAGGAUGACUUCCUCAAGGGUCCUGUAGACCCUGAGCCAGCUGAGGACCUCCCAGAUGCCCCACCAGAACUGAAAAGCAGUCCUCCAAUAUCUAUGGCAGCUUUAAAGGAGGAGCCGUGUUGGAGCCCGAAAAGUUUGUCCAGCGACGGCGAGGAUGAAGACGGCAUCAGCUCCCCUUCUUCAAGCUCGUCAAGGCCACUCAAAGUCCGCAUCAAGACCGUGAAGACGCAGUCAGGGAGCAUCACGCGAACGGUCACCAGGGUCUCCUCGGAUUCAGAUACCGCCGCGUCAAUGCAGGUAACGGAAGCAUCGUCUCAGGAGCCGGUGUCUGAAUCCCCCCAGGAGAAAGUCACAGACGCAAAGGAAGACGUCGCGCAGGCACCUUCACGGGACAAAUAUGACGUUUCCAGCCCAACCAGGGCGGAAGCAUCUCAAGUGGUGAAAGUGCAGCUUGGUAACGGGGUGAAACUGAAGGGCUCCGUUCUGCCCAUCUCCACCAUUCAGAACGCCAGCAGUGUAAUGCUGAUGGCGGCCAGCGUGGCCCAGCAGAAAGCGGUCGUCAUGCCUUCCAAGGCCAGCAAGGUUGUGACCAAGAACAUUAUUCACUUGGUGCAGCAGCCGCUGGCCAACGCUUCCCCUCUGAGUAAUUUCAGUGUGGGCAACCAGGUGUCGCCCUGCUCUUCCAUCACAACCACAGCCAGCCCGCAGCGCAAUGCCACCGUCGUGAUGGUGCAGUCCCAGAAGGCAUCUCCUGCGGUCGCCGGCACGGUCAUCUCCAGGACGCAAUCCAGUCUCGUGGAAACCUUUAACAAAAUCCUGAACAGCAAGAAUCUGCUGCCGACGUACAAGCCGAACCUCAGCCCCCCGGCAGAGUCCAGUCUCAGCCUCCCGGUGUUUGGCUUCCGCUGCCUGGAGUGUGGCGACUCUUUUGCUCUGGAGAAGAGCUUGGCCAGACACUAUGACCGGAGGAGCAUGAGGAUAGAGGUGACCUGUAACCACUGUACCAAGCGCCUGGUGUUUUUCAACAAAUGCAGCUUGCUUCUUCAUGCGCGGAAGCACAAGGAUAACGGCCUGGUAAUGCAAUGCUCGCAUCUGGUCAUGAGGCCCAUCGCCCUGGAGCAGAUGAUCGGACAGCCUGACGUUACACCUCUGGUUUCGGUCACCGUCGUGACCCCAGGCAAAGCUGCCACCCCAAGCCCCUCGCAAGAUGCAGCAAGCGGGGACGUCGUGCCGGGCGGCUCUGACCAGUCCAUCUACUCCACGUUUAGGUGUUUGGAGUGCAAGGAGCAGUGUAAGAACAAGGCAGGGCUGGCCGUGCACUUCCAGCAGCCGGGGUCGGGCGCCGCGUCAGGCAGCACGGUUUGCUCUCUCUGCCCCAUGAUCAUGCCCAACCGCUGCAGCUUUGAAGCUCACCAGCGAAUGCACAAGCUGAGCCCGCCUCACGUGUGCCCCGAGUGCGGCGGCAACUUCCGCAUCGAAAACUUCCAGACUCACCUGAAAGACACCUGUCUGCACUUUUCCCGCAGGAUCGGAUACAAGUGCCAGAGCUGCGCGGUGGUUUUUGGUGGGGUGAAUUCCAUCAAGUCUCACAUCCAGACAUCCCACUGCGAGGUCUUUCACAAGUGCCCCAUCUGUCCCAUGGCAUUUAAAUCGGCGCCCAGCGCGCAUGCCCACAUAUAUACCCAGCACCCAGGAUUCAGCAGCCAGCAGGCCAAGAUGAUUUAUAAAUGUGCGAUGUGCGACACGGUCUUCACCCACAAGCCUCUUCUCUGCUCCCACCUGGACCACUCGCAUUUCGACCAGCAGUUGGGCAAUCAGAGGGUCAGCGUGUUUAAGUGCCCGGAGUGUCCGCUUUUGUUCGCCCAGAAACGGACCAUGUUGGAACAUCUGAAGACCACCCAUAACAGCCAUGUGAAGGAGGACCCUCCUCAGACCCCGGAGCCCCUCACACCUAAACCAGAACCCAUGGAGAUCCCUGUGACCAAGCAGCCAGAGCCUGAGUUAGAACCGGAGCAGGAGGCUGAGGAGUCGUCGUCGUCUGACCCACCGAGCUCUCCUGAGGUGCGUAAGAAAGGAAAGCCGAAAGAGGCCCGAAAGCCCGAGGGGCCGCGGCAAAGGAGCAACUGCUGGACCUGUGGGAUCUGCCACUCGUGGUUCCCUGAGAGGGACGAGUACGUUGUUCAUAUGAAAAAGGAGCAUGGGAAGUCGGUGAAGAAGUUUCCGUGCCGUCUCUGUGAACGCUCCUUUUGCUCGGCUCCCAGUCUGCGGAGGCACGUUCGUGUGAAUCACGAGGGCAUUAAGCGGGUUUAUCCGUGCCGGUACUGUACGGAGGGGAAGCGGACUUUUAGUAGUCGCCUCAUCUUGGAGAAGCACAUCCAGGUCAGACACGGGAUCAAGGUCACGGACCAGGCUCGGAGUCAGGAGGUUUUAGUGUCUCGGAACGGAACAAAGUCUCAGGCUUCAUCUAAGAAACGGAAACUGUCUUCAGAUGAUUCCGGCAGCGACGAGCCCAAAAAGCCCAAGCCGGCUCCGCAGAAACACAAGCGAUCUUUCCAGUGCCGCGCCUGCGGGUACAAGACUGGCAGCCUGGCAGACUUCCGGCAGCACAUCCCGCAGCACUGCACCGACGAGAGCUCCCAUCAGUGCAAAGAGUGCGGCGUCUGCUUCACCUCGCAGGGCUCUCUGAACCGCCACCGCUUCAUGACCCACAAAAUGAAAGGCGUCGCGGAGGAGGAGAACCCGGGACCCCCGUCCAAGGCGGACGAGUCCUCGGAGGGCAAGCUCACUUGUCGGGUGUGCAACAAGAGCUUCGACAGCCAGCUCAACCUGAACACUCAUUUCCGCACGCACGGCAUGGCCUUCAUCAAGCAGCGGCAGACUGUCGGCACCGACAGCUGAGGGGCUCCCCGCGAUACCCGUCUGUGCCCCGCGUACAGGCGUGUGGAAGUUCACGGCUCCUCCGCCGGGGGUUGGAAGGUGAAGGCCAGGUGACUCUGGCUGAG